GCGAGCACAGCGCGGACCAACGGCGUCGGUGGCUGACCAGAGAAAUAAAGUUCGGAGUCUAUUUCCAUUCGGGACUCUUUUCAGUCCGGAUACUUCACCGACAAGCUCUGUGAACGUUGUCACAGUCUCUGAAAAGAAGUAAGAAAGGCGCGCUCUCCAAAGUUUGGAGACCGUUUUGCUUUUACGCACAGGGAAGGACGUUUUGGAGACGUGUGUGUGUUUUCCUUCUGAGCGGAAGAAGAAAGAAACAAGUUUCUUUGCUGAAGACUUUUUGUAGCUGGUGGUUCCUCUUGCAUGUUUACAAAGAUGGAAACUACUUUCUACGACGACUCCCUGAACGAGUUCUCCCAGCACGACGCCGCCGGCUUCGGAUACGGCCACGCCAAAGUGCUAAAGCGCAACAUGACGCUGAACCUCGCGGACCCGUCGCCGGGCGCGCUGAAGCCUCACCUCCGCGCCAAAGCCGGAGACCUCCUCACGUCCCCGGACGUGGGCCUCCUGAAGCUGGCGUCGCCGGAGCUGGAGCGGCUCAUCAUCCAGUCUAGCAACGGGCUCAUCACCACCACGCCGACCCCGACCCACUUCAUGUGCCCCAAGAACGUGACGGACGAGCAGGAAGGGUUCGCCGAGGGGUUCGUCCGCGCGCUCGCGGAGCUCCACCACCAGCACAUGCCGGGCACCGCCGGCAGCGCGAGCGUCACCUCGGACCCUCAGAGCGGCGCGAACGCCGCGCCGCCGCCGGUGUUGUCGGUCGCCGGCGCCGCCGAGUACAACAACAAUAACAACAACGCGGACAUGCGCUCCGACUCGCCGGUUUACGAGGAUUUGGACACGUUCAACCCGGCGCCGAGCUACACCGCCCCGGCUAUGUCCUUCCCCGCCGCCGCCCCCCCGCCGCAUCUCCCCAUCUACGGGCAGCCGUCCCGGCUCCCGUCGCUCAAAGAGGAGCCCCAGACGGUGCCGGAGAUGCUGGGGGACACGCCUCCCAUGUCCCCGAUCGACAUGGAGAACCAGGAGCGCAUCAAGGCGGAGAGGAAGCGCAUGAGGAACCGCGUCGCCGCGUCCAAGUGCCGGAAGAGGAAGCUGGAGCGCAUCUCCCGGCUGGAGGACAAAGUCAAGAACCUCAAGUGCCAGAACUCUGAGCUCGCGUCCACCGCCAACAUGCUGCGCGAGCAGGUGGCCCAGCUGAAGCAGAAGGUGAUGAACCACGUCAACAGCGGGUGCCAGCUCAUGUUAACGCAGCAGCUCCAGACCUUCUGAGGAGGGGAGAGCAAAGAGAAGGAGAGACGGUGAGAUAGAGGAGCAAAGAAGAAGAAAAAAAGACUGGUUGCGAACUCAAACGGACGCCUCCUGGUUGCGCGUGCAUCUCCCGAAAAUCGUGACGGGUUUUUGGGGGAUGAUGUGGCGCGACACAGGCAGGACCGGAGUAGAGGGGGUUUGGGGGCGAGCUGAUGCUCCUGAAGUGCCACGCGCUCCCCCCGGUGGCGCGGCCCCCCCCCCAGAGAGGGGCUCGGAACAGUGACGGCAGCCAUGGACCAGAGUGCAUCUGUUUCGUGCUGUAUUUUUUUAUUUAUUUUAAAAACAGAACGGGACUGAAGUUUUCUUGAUUUCUUUCAUUUAUUUUUCCCUCCCAGCUCUGCAUGGACCUGAUCACGAGCACCAAAGGAGAACAUUCAGUAUUAGAGGAUUUUAAGAACAUGCAAUAGAGACUUUUCUUGCUGUGUAAAAGGCCUCACACUCUAAACAAAUCUUUUAAAAAACGUUGAAACAAAAGCUGCCUGACUUCAUGAGUUUCAGUACAAUUCUUGAUUUGUAAGAAAUUAAAUUUAGAAAAGCUUCAAGAUGUACUUGGGUUUUUUCUAAAGUUGUUUUUAAUGGGGUUUCACUCAUUGUUAUAUGUAUAUAAGAUCAACUUGGAGUACUUAUGUUACUUAAUACUGUGUACACUUUUUUAUGUUUAUGUUUUCUGAUCACUUCAGAAACUAAUCAAUAUUUAAGAAAAAAUAAACCAGAUGAAAUGAA